AUGGGCGCCGGAGCAGUUUUGGAGCCCCUGGUGGUGGUCGUGCUUCUCUUUGGCGGUACUUGGAUAAAUCGCAGCGCCAGUUCCUUUUCUUCGGCGCGCCGUCCUCGUCGCCGGUCAGGCGCUUGGCCUCGUGACGGAUCUCCCGAUUCGGUGGAAUCGGGCAUUGCGUCGCCAACCGCCAAGGAUGGUCUGCUGGCUCGUCGCUCGACCUCGCCGUCUCUAUUGCAGCCCGAGCUGAAAUCGUGGCACCAGCGACAGAUCGGUCUGUUAUCCUACUCCGUCGAGGUGACUUCGCCCAACACCCUCGUCUUCCAGGAUCGCUUCCUGAGUCGCCUGCUUCGCAAACUCCCCUUCCUCGCCGAAUGCUGGUACUGGGCCUUGGUAUACUGGACAUAUCAACUCGGCCGAGCCUUCACUGCCGUCACCCUGCGGGAGGGAACCGUGGACGUGGCGAGAAAACAUGCCCUGCAGUUGAUUCGUAUCGAGGAAAGCCUCGGGAUAUUCUGGGAGAUCCCGAUCCAGCAGUUCUUCUUGCGACACACCAAGCUUAUGACAUGGACCAAUUGGAUAUACUCCUUCAUCCACAUUCCCGGCACCAUAGCCUUUCUUGUUUGGCUUUACUAUUACACCACCACCCGCAAUAGAUUCGAUGAGUCGCAACCCGGAAAGCCGCGAGGCAUGAUGGGCGGUUCCCCCGCCGGCCCGCUUCUGUAUCAAGCUCGGAGGCGGACGCUGGCCGUGUGCAAUCUUCUCGCCUUUGUGGUGUUUACGUUGUGGCCUUGCAUGCCACCUCGCCUGCUGAGUGACAAGACUGCAGAGGGUCCCGAUGGAGAACUGGGACGUAGCUAUGGCUUCGUGGACACGGUGCACGGGGUGAACGGCGCAGGCAGCGUGUGGACGGAGAAUCGAUUUUGCAAUCAAUAUGCCGCCAUGCCUUCGUUGCACUUUGGCUACUCUCUGAUGAUCGGGUUGACCAUCAUGACCAUCCCAUUGCCCGCGCAUCACCGUCGAUCAAUCGGGCUGACCCGGUAUUUUGGACUGCGGAUUCCGUCAUGGCGGCGGCUGGCCUGUCUGCUCUUGGGGUUCUCAUACCCGUUUAUCAUUUUGGCGGCGAUCGUCGCCACUGCGAACCACUUCAUUCUCGACGCUAUAGCCGGGGCAGUCGUCUGCGCUCUCGGGUGGAGAUUUAACGGAAUCCUGCUGAAUCUGUUACCGUUGGAGGACUAUUUCUUGUGGGUAGUCCGUAUACAUAAGCCGGAACCGGCGGACGGCUUUGGGAGCGCCGAUGGAUGGUUCGAUGACGAGGCGACUCCGGAAUUUGUUGCCGUCUCGCGAUGA